AUGAGCGCUUCGAGCUUUACAAGCGAUGCUCACACCCAGCAGACCCAAGAUCGCACGGAGGAGAUUCAUCAACUCGGUGGUAUCUGUGCGGGACAACUGGCUGAAACUAUCAGAAAGGACUGGGAGAAGAAUGUCAGUCAUCCAGCGACUGACAACCACAUUGUCGAAAGUGAUUUUGUCUGCAUCAAACCGGACGCCGUUGAGAAUUGGCAGAAGAAGUGGGAAGGAAAGUAUGGAAAGAACAAUCUUGCAGUUAUAGUGAAGGAUAUUGCCCCCGUAGAUAUGGAACCCUUGCAGCCGCAGCAUCGUCUGAUCAUCAAGCCUACUGAUUGGCCUUGGAAUGGGAAAUGUCAAUUUUACCAUGCCAUGGUGUCGAUUCAUCUUCCUGAAGUGGCAGGCAAGGGACACUCCGGAGAAUUACGAACGGAGUACAGACAGAACUUGGUGUUGCCUGCCACCUGGCUCACCUCGAAGGAGAAAGGUACCUGGCAGUCCUCAGAGAGGUUCGUCGUCAGGAACGAGGCGAACCUGGGCGAUUACUUCUCUGUAGCGCAUACCUGCCCGUCAAGCAUGGUCGAUCCCACUGAAGUCUUCAAUCGGUUCAACACAGUAAUCUCUACUUUUCCGGUUACGGACGAAACAAUGCCGGUAUCCGACAGCGAGGAUACCAUGGAAACCGCUCCUGAGGCCGUCGGGUCCCCUCCCUACCAUAUCCAUGGGGCGGCGGCAUGCUUGACAAAAGAAGCUAGACCUACAGUCGGGAGCUCCACUCUCACCAGCAAGCUUCUUGUGUUCUCCAAUGCCUGGCUCGUCAAGGUUGAAGAAGCUGAGAAUCAAACAGGCAGAAGAAAUUCGAGUAUAUAUACAUGUCAGCCCGAGCAAAUCUCGACAACCCCUACCAACUUUGGCUUCACACUACCUCUUCCUGCCAAAGACACCCUCAUCCGCUUCCCGUGCAUUCACAACAUGAGUCCUUCCCACGAUCAGCCGCCAGUCAGCGAUGGCACUAGUUGCGAAAUAAAGACCAUUGAUGGGAGUACGAACGAAGAGCCGAACGCCGAUGACCGAGACCGGGAAAGAGUGCACAGAGGGUUAGAGAAAUUGGCGGACCAUCUUCGUAUAAGGUGGGAGAUGACAGUGAGCGCGCCAAAAAUAUCUCAGGGAAACUAUGUGACACAGGAGAAACGGAAAGAAUGGAAGAAAGAUUGCAAUGGAUAUCUCGGGAAUGGUGCUGUCCUGAAACACCUUGGCGGUGCAUUCAAAGUCUGUCUCGGAGAGGUGGAUGAGGAAGACUUACGACCUCUCUACCUGAGCGAUGGUAGACGAGCGUACCCAAUGUUCUUGACUGCCUUCAUCCAGAAACGAGCUCGAAGUGAAGGCGGCACAGAACCGUUUGCAAUGGUUACGGUGAACAUUGUCCUUCCCAGCACCUGGUUGCUGCCGGAAGCUAGGGACGAAUGGAACAUCUUAGAGGGCCUUUCUAGCUUGGGCAAAGAGUCUGUUUGCGAAGAAUCGAAUGGGUCUGUGUGCCUUCUCCAUCCGAGCAGUGUAGACCUCCAAGCGCUCGUCUAUGGGCUGAACGAUCAAGUGACGUCAAUCGUGGACACGCUUAAGCAGCAGGAGAUAUCUUAUAGAUGUGCCGAUUUUGUAUAUCAAUAUUCGCUGCUGUCAAUUUCUCCAUCCUUUCAUGAGUAUAAUGUCUUGCCAGCCCAAGCCGACUACGCAGCCUUACGACGAGCGAUCAUAUCUCUGCAUCACCUUUGUACAAACACAACCAAUAUCAUGAGCGCGCUCAGCUCUAGCAAGACCACUCAAACACAGGAGGAUUCGGGAAAUUUCUUGAUCGAACAACACUACAUCGACAGGGACUGUGCUAGGCAAUUUGCCACCGAGAUCCGAGAGGAUUGGGAGUCACACGUGUCAUGUCCAGACGGCGGGAAGCAUGACGAGGCCGGCAACAUCUUGCCUGAGGCUCGGUAUGAAUGGCUGGAGAAGCGGCGUGGAGAUCAUGCGGCAAAGUUAUUAUUGGUAACGAUAUUUUCGGAUGCCGUGACCAAAUAUUCCCCAGCAGCUGGAAAGAUGCUCAACCGCAAGUUCUCCUUUAGAUUAGGCAAAGAUUUCGGUGCCAACUGGGUAUCGUCGCCCACUUACCUCGCAGUGGUAGCGGUGUACCUUCAACCUGAAAACAACACAGGACACUUGGUUUAUCUCCAAGCCAUUCCUUGAAAAUAGCAAUGGCACCUUAUACUCCUCGACUGUGAUGUUGCCGGAGAGUUUGAAUACCACUAAAGAUCGUCCACAACUCAACGUUUCUCUGAUGGGAUUGGGUGAUUCCUUGUCCACCAUCCCGGACUAUGA